AUGUCAGCAGCCGUUGCACCUUCAAAUGCUACUUUUAGGAACAGAGAAAAGCCCCAGGAGGUUCGGAAGGCGAACAUUGUUGCGGCAAGAGCAGUUGCAGAUGCCAUCAGAACUUCCCUAGGUCCUAAAGGUAUGGACAAAAUGAUCAAAACUAAGUCAGGUGAAGUAAUCAUAUCCAAUGAUGGACACACUAUCUUGAAGCACAUGGCUGUUUUACAUCCAGCUGCAAAGAUGUUGGUUGAUUUAUCAGGAGCACAGGACGUUGAGGCAGGUGAUGGUACUACCUCCGUUGUUGUUGUGACUGGUGCUUUGUUGGGUGCUGCUCAAAAUUUACUUGACAAAGGUAUUCAUCCAACUAUUAUAUCAGAAGCAUUCCAAAAAGCUGCACAGAGAUCUUGUGAUAUCUUUCUUGGUAUGUCUCACAAAAUCUCGUUGGAAGACAGAGAUUCACUAAUAAAGGCUGCAAAUACUUCUCUUUCAUCCAAGAUUGUUGCACAACAUUCCAAUUUACUAGGACCAAUUGCUGUCGACGCAAUUCUAAAAGUCACUAAAAAGGACGCAAAAAAUGUUGAUUUGAAUGACAUCAGAUUGGUGAAGCAAGCUGGUGGUACAAUUGAUGAUACAGAAAUGAUCGAUGGGGUGGUUUUAACACAGACAGCCGUUAAAAAUGCAGGAGGACCUAUGAGAAUGGAAAAAGCAAAAAUUGGUUUGGUGCAAUUCCAGCUUUCUCCUCCAAAACCUGACAUGGAGAAUAAUAUUGUUGUCAACGAUUAUAGACAAAUGGAUAAAAUUUUGAAAGAGGAAAGAGCCUAUAUCUUGAAUAUCUGCAAACAAAUUAAAAAGGCAAAAUGUAAUGUUCUGUUAAUUCAAAAGUCUAUUCUAAGAGAUGCUGUAAAUGAUUUGGCACUUCAUUUCUUGUCGAAGCUAAACAUCAUGGUUGUUAAAGAUAUUGAAAGAGAUGAUGUUGAAUUUAUCUCCAAGUCAUUAGGUUGUAAACCUAUUGCAGAUAUUGCUUCGUUUACCGAAUCAAGGUUAGCUUCUGCUGACUUAAUUGAAGAAGUUGAAUCAUCUGGCUCAAAGAUCGUCAAAAUUACCGGUAUCAAAAGCGCAUAUAACCCUACAGUCUCUGUGAUAUGUAGAGGUGCAAACAACCAGAUUUUGGAUGAAGCGGAAAGAUCUUUACAUGAUGCAUUGUGUGUCAUUAGAUGUUUAGUGAAAGAAAGAGCAUUGAUUGCAGGUGGUGGUGCUGCGGAGAUUGAAGCAUCGAGGACCUUGUUGAAAGAAGCAAAUUCAUUAUCAGGUGCUGAGCAGCUAUGUUUGGCCGAGUUUGCCAAAGCAUUAGAAGUUAUUCCAACCACUUUGGCUGAAAAUGCCGGUUUAAAUCCAAUUGAAAUAGUCACAGAUUUAAGAAACAAACACGAAAAUGGUGAAAGGGAAGCUGGAAUCAGUGUCAGAAGAUCUGGUGCAACAAACACAUACUCAGAGCAUGUCUUACAACCGGUUCUUGUGAAUACCAGUGCAAUUACUUUAGGAGCAGAAACAGUGAAGUCGAUUUUAAGGAUUGACGACAUUGCCAUCAGUCGUUAG